GCUCAUUGUGUUCUCUCGACGCGUCUGUCUAGGCCCGGGAGUUUCUUAGUUUUGGAGGAUUGUCAGGGAUCACUCAAACCGCUAGCGGCGAAGAUUGUAUUAUAUGGACAACCGACCUGCCUCGGAGUACGCGCAGUCAGACCAGGCUUCUGCUGCUGCCACUGCUCAAUACACCCCUCAGCCUGAGGUCCGCCCGACUCCUCAGUACACCCCCCAACCCGAGGUCCGCCCCGCCGCCAACAUUUCGUCCUCCAACACACCGCAGUCGGACUACGGUCUGAACCAGCCGCCCGCCGCGCGCUCUCCUGCGUACCCCGAAUACCUCGCCCGCCCACCUCAAUACCAUCACGCCUCCAACACUCAAGCCGGUGGUGCGGCAGGUAUGGCUCAAGCAACAAAUCCCUCAAUCGCGGCAUCCAGCCCCACCUAUCCUCCUCCCUACUCCCCCUACCAGCCCCAGGGCCACGACAUGGCACAGUAUCAAGGCCACCCCCCGCCUCCUCCCCCUCAGAUGUAUACGCGUCCGGAAUGGUCGCAUGGGUAUGGACAACAUCAACACGGUCUGCCUGGACCCUAUACCACUCCUGCCACAACGGUUGGUCCCGCCUCCCCUGCUGCGACCGCAGGGCCGCGCCCUGGCCAGGUAUACUCGUUCGUUCCAAUCCCUGGCGCGCAGCAGCACAAGCGGCCCCGCCGUCGGUACGAGGAAAUCGAGCGUAUGUAUAAGUGUGGCUGGAACGGAUGUGAAAAGGCGUACGGAACCCUCAACCACCUGAACGCCCACGUCACGAUGCAGUCCCAUGGCGCCAAGCGCACGCCCGAAGAAUUCAAAGAGAUUCGCAAAGAAUGGAAAGCACGCAAGAAGGAGGAAGAGGCCCAGCGCAAGGCGGCGGAGGAGCGCGAGCGCGCUGCCGCUGCUCAGGCUGCUCAGGCCAACCAGGUCGAUGCGCCCAACCCUGCUGAUCCCGCGCAGGCUGGGCAACCCCCCGCCUACCCUGGUGGUGUUCGUCCUCAGCUCCCUCCGAUUGGAUAUCAGCCCGCCGACGGUCAGGUACCUGGGCAGUAUGGAGCUGGGGCUGGUGGUAUGGUUUACCAGGGCAAUGGGCAGAUGGCUUACCCGCCAAACUACCCUCACUCUCCCUAUGGACAGACCGGUCAAGUGUAUCAGCCACAAAACCAAUCGACCAGCUACCCGCAAUAGAUGCCCAGCUUCCCUUACUUUUUUCAGGUUGCAUGUUCUAAUACAAUAUCUCCUAAUCCCGUAUCGCCAUCCCCGGAUCUAAUUCUCUAAGUUCCUCUGCGCACAUGAUAC